AUGGUUGGAGAUUGUGCCUAAAGUUUUAACAACUUUAACUUCUCGAAAUAUUGUAUCUCAAAAUAAUAUAGAUAUGACUGGUACAGAAUACAGAUCUCAUUUAAUAAAAUGCCUCUGUUUAAACAAAUGGGAACCAGAAUGUGCAGUCCAAGUGGCUUCAACAUUUAGGGAAGUAGCUUUAUCAAAUGAGGAGUUGCAAUGGCUAAUUGAAAAAUUACUGAAAGUAUUACAGGAAGUUGAAAUGCAAGAAAUUCCUACUUUAGUAUAUCAGUUACUUUUGUUAUCUAGUAAGGGAUUUCGAAAACAGUUGUUGGAGAAAAUAUUAUUUUAUUUUAAAAAUCAAGCUGAUAUUUUAAAGAAACAGAAGUUAAACAGAGAUAGAAAUAAGGAGAAUGAGUCCAUGCACAGCAAUGACACAAUUAAACAUAUUGAAGGAACUGUUAUAUUACAUAUCACAUUUGCUGCCAAGCAGGAUCAAGAAAUUGGUAAAGAAUUUGUGAAAUUAUUAAAGAAUGAAGGAUACUGCCUGCAACAAGUUUUUAAUGCUGACGAAACUGGUCUUUUCUGGAAGAAGAUGCCCAACAGGACCUUCAUUAUCAAGGAGGAAAAGACUUUGCUUGGACACAAGCCCAUGAAGGAUAGGCUGACACUCCUUUUUGCAGCCAAUGCCAGCGGAGACCUGAAGAUCAAACCCCUGCUGAUUUACCAUUCUGAAAAUCCCAGGGUUUUCAAGAAGAACCACAUUGUCAAGUCCAACCUGUCUGUCCAUUGGAAGUCUAACCAAAAAGCCUGGGUUACACAGGUUGUCUUCAAGGAAUAG